UUGGCGAAAAUGCGGUUCCGGAGGUCCUUAUACUUGCUACAGCGGAGGAGGACGUGGGCAACGGUCUGCCGCCUCUCUCCACAGCUGCAGCGGGGGUCGGUAAUGGUCGGGACGUGUCGACUGAAGAGAAAGUCGUUGAGGCCUAUCUUCUCAGUUCGCAGUUGCACCAACAGCGCGCUUUCCCUUUUGCUGAGCCUCUCGUGGAGCUGCAGCACUUUCUUGGUGGGCGUCGGCGUGUGUCUGUAUGUCGCGCGGCCUCUCUUGUCUUCCCUCCAUGCGCUGAUCCAAGCCCUUUCUGCCUGUGUCUUGCACCACCUCCUGAGCGUUGUUCUGAGCGGAUACAACUGCGAGGGCGGGUUUGCUGGUAGCUGGCUGCGGCCGUCCUCUCUCCAUCCAGUAGCCUCCUUGGCAGCCUGGUCGGCGGCCUCGUUUCCGGGGAUUCCUACAUGGGCCGGUAUCCAUCGAACGGUCACGGUUAGUCCUUUGUCCUGGAGCUCCUGGACCUGCUGCGCGAUCUCUCCGAGGAUGUAG